AUGUCGGCUUCACUAGAAACUCUUCCUGAGACUCCAGAGAAGACGGGUGGUGGUUGGUUGAUCUUUAGUAUUGACGAGUUGAAGGGAUAUCAGGCCUUACCGUGUUGUUUGGGUAAGCCUGUUGGAGGUAUGCCGGAAUUGAUUGAUAAGGAUAAUGCGGAGUCUCAGCUACUGCAAGCACCUCCGGGUCGCCGUGGAGGUACGAGGGGGAGGGGAGCGUCGACAGGCGGGCCGUCGACAUCCACUAACAGGAGUUAUCCCUCUAAGCAACCCUAUGACAAAUCUGCACAUCCUGGCGAACGGAAGAAGUUCGAAUCCCAGUCAGGCAAUAGAAAUAAUACGAAGGAGAGCUUCGUCAACGACCGAGCUCAUCAGCGGCCAUUGACUGGCCGCCAUCACGAUGUUGUUGUCCCCACGGGGGGAGAAGGCCUCAAGAAGUUUACAUUGGGUGAUAUUCGUAAGGCAGAAUCGACCAUUGAGAAGAGCUCUAUGUCGGUUGGAGAGUAUGUUAAAAAGGUAGCCCGAGGGGAGAUCUCAGGCGAUGCCAGCCCCGUGAAGAGGGGAGGCCCGGAGUCGAAUAGUAUUUUUGAGCAAGUCUCCACGGCCACGACGAUGAGAGGAAGCAAUAGGAUGUCCGAAUGGUUGAAGCCACGGCAGCAGGAGCCUGUGGGGGUCGACACUGUGGAGCAACGCAAAUUAAAGGCCGGCUUGCCCAAGGGGGCUGUGACCCUUGAGGAGCUCGAAAAGGGCGCUAAGCCGACGGUUGUGACUCAGAAGCCUUCUGGGGAUGGCAGCAACGAGGCAGGGCGAGCGCUGCUGGCCAUGAUUGGAGGAGGAGGAGGAGCCGCCCCCAGCAGCGGCGGCGGCAAGGCGAGUGACGAUCAGCAGUUGGGCGUUGGUAGUGUACAUGACGAGACGCUCAAGAUCCUACGAGAACAGCAACAACUGAGAUCUAAUGCUAAACAACGGGGGGACAAUGCUGAUGGAGCUGAGCAGAUGAAGCGACUUCAGAGGCAGUUGGCUCAGGUCAGAACGAAAGGUCAGGUUGCUCCCUCGGAUGCUCCCUUGGCGAGAGGUCAACAUGUGUCACCGAGAAGCGGAAAUGAUGGCAUGGGCCGUCGACCGGCGGCUGAGGGCGCUUAUGUCGCUCAAGCAUCCCAAUACGCUCAGCAAAGGGCUGCACUCAAUCAAGGAUUCAGAGGUAACAUGCCAAUGCAAGCUGCCACUCCAGUUAUGCCACCGCCUCCUCCGAUGGGCGUAUACGGUGGCCAGGCGUCUAUGUAUGGUGGGAUGAUGAACCCGCUACAGAAUCAACAACAAGCUCAAAUGCAAGUGCUACUACAACAGCUACAGCAACAGCAGAAGCGUCAAGAACAACAGUACGAUCCGCAUCAGAUGGUCCGUCACCAACAGCAUCAGCAGAUGGCUGCGACAGCGGCUGCAGCUGCCGCUGCUACUAGGGGCCAGCGAGGGGGCUUCCAGCCACAACAGGGAGCGCCUUACAUGCCAGCCCCUGGGACCAGCAAUGUGGAUCCCUCGCAGGCUGCCCAAUGUGCACAGCAGUAG